AUGAGUUACAACAGAAAUAGUGAAGGUUUCCAGCCUGAAGAUAAUGGAGUAGACAUAAUUGAUAAUAUUGAAAAUAUUAUUAUUAAUGAAGAUAACUUACAUAAAGGCACUCGGACAACACUAUUA